AUGCAAAGUGUUGAUUGUGUACGUUUUCUUUUACAGCAGGGGUUAGCAUUCCAUGGGCAUGAUGAAUCAGAAGAUUCUGAGAAUCAAGAAAGUUUUCUUGAACUUCUGUGCUUUCUUUCUAAUCACAAUGAAGAUAUAAAUAAAGUUAUUUUGGAUAAUGCCCCUGGAAAUAAUAAACUAAUUGCUCUUGAAAUCCAGAAAGAAAUUACAGAAGCUGCUGCAAUUAAGGUUGCUGUGGGUAUUUGGAGUUUGAGACAACAGAGGGAAGCAACUGGAGGAGAGCUGCUGGAGGAGACGAGUUAUUGGGAUAGAAGUUUGGUCGUGGCUUUGGAAUUAAUGGCUGGGUUGGGAGGUUGGGGAGGAAUGCCAAGCAAGGGAUCAGCAAGAUCUCAUUUUCCUCAAAAUGUCGCUGCAUCUUUCUAUGAUGCAGCUGCGGAGUCCGUUGACUUCACCCACCAGGCUACACUCGAACAAAAGAAAAUAAAUGAUUGGAUUGAAGAAAAGACGAAUGGGGUCAUAAAAAAUCUAAUUCUUGAUGGCACAGUUGACAACACAACCAGGUUAAUCCUUGCCAAUGCCCUCCACUUCAAAGGAAAGUGGCAAGAGAAAUUUGAUCGCUCAAUGACCCAAAAUAACAAUUUCUAUCUCUUAGAUGGCAGCACCAUACAAGUACCCUUCAUGAGCAGCAGAAAAAAACAAUUUAUCUCAUCUUAUGAUGGAUUCGAAGUCCUCAAACUCCCAUAUAAGCAACAAGAGAACAACCAAGGAAACAGAAGCUUUUCCUUGCUGCUUUUUCUUCCAAACGAGAUUAACGGACUUCAAGAUCUUAUCAACAGAGCUGUUUCUGAUCCAAAUUUCAUCAACGAACACGUUCCUUACAAUAGAGUUGAUGUUCAAAGCUUCAUGGUUCCAAAGUUUAAGAUCUCAUUCAGCUUUGAAACUACUGAUGUACUAUCAAAUCUUGGCCUAAAAAGCCUUUUCAGUUGGUCAGCUGCGGAUUUGAGCGGAAUGUGCUUGGAAUCAGCAAGGCUUUGUGUAUCAAGUAUUCACCAUAAAGCUGCUAUUGAGGUGGAUGAAGAGGGUACGGUAGCAGCAGCUGCAACAGCUGUAACAGUUAUGUUGAUGUGUUACAUUCCGCCGGUGAGCUUUGUUGCUGAUCAUCCUUUCAUGUUUGUUCUUCGAGAAGAUGUAACAGGUGUUAUUUUGUUCUUUGGCCAUGUCGCGAAUCCAUCAGUUUUAGGUUGAUUAAUGCAUCUAUAUUCUUGUAGCAGAAGACAAGUCUGCCAGCCACAAUCUGAUUUGGUGUUUUGGUUAAUACAAUGAAUUCAUC